AUGAACCUGGAGCCACCCAAGGCCGAGAUCCGGUCGGCCACCAGGGUGAUUGGGGGGCCUGUCACUCCCAGGAAAGGGCCCCCCAAAUUUAAGCAGCGGCAAACCAGGCAGUUCAAGAGCAAGCCCCCCAAGAAAGGCGUCCAAGGGUUUGGGGAUGACAUCCCUGGAAUGGAAGGCCUGGGAACAGACAUUACGGUCAUCUGCCCAUGGGAGGCCUUCAACCACCUGGAGCUGCACGAACUGGCCCAGUACGGCAUCAUCUAGCGCGAGAGCCUGACCCGGAGUCCCAGGGCCCUACCCCCCGCUGCCCGCUCCGACGCCUGGUCAGGAUUCCUGUGAGGAAGCCCAUCCCCCCGAGGGUGUCCGGAUUGCCCAGUUUGCGUUUGGAGACCCUUGCAAGGUGACAACCUUGGGACCCUAGAUGCUAGUUAUCAGAAGCCCCCCCGUCUCCCUGCAGGACAUCUCGGGCCCGGUCAGGCCCUGCUUAACUUCCAGAGGCCCGCAGAUCUUCUUUUAGGGCUGGAAAGCCAGGGCAGGGCUCCCAGAAACGUCCCUCACCCCCUGCUCCCGUCCUGCUAUCUGGUGGUGAGGACAAGCCCCCCUCGCCAGUCCUUCCCAGCUGGUGCCCUUGGGUUGGUGGCGGGGGAGGGGCGGGGGGCGGUGUCCCGGUGGCAUCAGCAAGAGCGCGGCACCCCUCCAAACCCAUCACGCCAGCAGGAAACUUGACCUCCCCGCCACGGCCCAUGCUUGCUGUCCGUGUUGCAAAAUAAAGUCAGCAUGCCUCCCCUC